ACCCUAUAUUACACGGGGUGGGACCGUCGCAAGUCCUCACUGUUAAUCACAAGCUCCGCAGCUCUCGUAAGCAGCUCGACCGUCGCCCUCACACCGUUGCCCAGGGAUAAAGAAACCCCAGUGCCUUAACCUGUUUCGACGCUAGUUGGUUGCCGACUCUGUGACCUAACACAACACACUCUCGUCUCGCUCUCUCUCUCUCUACGUUUUUACUCUCUCGCACAAGUUUACACCGAUCCUUUAGCGUUUCAAGAUGCCUUUCGUCCCCGUCGAUAUCGCCAAGUGCCCCAAGUGCUCCAAGUCCGUGUACGCCGCCGAAGAGCGCGUAGCCGGUGGCAUGAAAUGGCACAAGCAGUGCUUCAAAUGCGGCCUGUGCAACAAGAUGUUGGACUCUACCAACGCCAACACUCACGAGAACGAGCUCUUCUGUAAGGUUUGUCACGCUCGCAAGUACGGACCCAAGGGAUACGGAUUCGGCGGUGGCGCCGGAGCUUUGAGCAUGGACGUCGGAGAACAUUUGGGCAACACUCAGUCCGUCUCCAAUCGCCCGGCUCCGGGUGCCGAGAAGCCAGUGCCGCAGGCUCCGGCUGGCGAAGGAUGCCCCCGUUGCGGUGGCCACGUCUACGAAGCCGAGCGGAUGUUGGCCGGUGGCAGAUCGUGGCACAAGAAGUGCUACAAGUGCAAGGACUGCCGCAAGCAUCUGGACUCGACCAACUGCUGCGAAGCUCCCGACAAAGAAAUCUACUGCAAACUGUGCUACGGCAAGAAAUUCGGACCGUCCGGCUACGGUUUUGGUCAAGGUGCCGGAAUUUUGCAGAGCGACGCUCUGACAGUUUUGAGCAAUGCGGAAAAGAUGCGGCCAAGCCGGCCGGAUUUGGGCGUCAUCAAGGCGACUGAAGGACAGGACGGAUGCCCGCGCUGCGGCGGCGCCGUCUUCGCCGCCGAGACAAUGUUGGCUCGUGGAACGGUUUGGCACAAGACUUGCUUCAACUGCAAAGAGUGCAAGCGCGUAUUGGACUCGGUGCUGGCCUGUGACGGGCCAGAUCGUGACGUCUACUGCAAGCUCUGCUACGCCAAGAAAUUCGGCCCCAAAGGAUACGGAUUCGGCGCCGGAGGCGCUUUCCUGAUGGCCGACUCCAUUCCAAACGACAUGGAAAAUUUGGCUUUCAAGGCUAUCGACACCAAGACCAUCAAGGCUCCGGAGGGCCAGGGUUGCCCCCGUUGCGGCGGAAGCGUCUUUGCGGCUGAGCUGAUGCUGUCCAAGGGACAAGAGUGGCACAAAAAGUGCUUCAGCUGUGGCGACUGCCACCGGCCGCUGGACUCUGUCCUGGCCUGCGACGGUCCCAACAAGGACAUUUACUGCAAGGCCUGCUACGGCAAACGAUUCGGACCGAAAGGCUUCGGCUACGGCCACUCGCCCACUCUGGUCUGUACUACAGGCACCGCUGACGUGCCCGUCGAGGCCAAGCAGGGCCUCAAGGCCGCAGAAGGUGAGGGCUGCCCUCGCUGUGGAUUCUGCGUCUACGCCGCCGAGCAGAUGAUUAGCAAGACCCGAGUGUGGCACAAGCGCUGUUUCAACUGCAGCGAUUGCCAUCACUCGUUGGACUCGACCAACCUGAACGACGGUCCCGACAAUGACAUUUACUGCGUCGGCUGCUAUCGCAGAAAGUUCGGCCCACACGGAGUCGGUUACGGCAUGGGCGGCGGAGCUCUGCAAACUUUCUAAAACUAAAAAUUUUAAAAAACAAAACAAAACAACAAAAGAAUCAUUUUUCGGACAAUACGAUUUAUAGUUGAUGUUGAUGACGGGGUUAUUAACCGCAUCACUCGCGCUGUCCGCUGCUUUUUCACCUCCUAAAAUUUGAGGGAUUACCACAAAAAAAAGAGAAAAAUAUUAAAAAAAAAGAAAAUAAAAAUAUUAAUCAAAUGCUUUUUAUGGGGAAUUAAGUUAAGUGGGGGGAUUUUUUCUAAAUUAAAGAAAAACAAAAUAAAAUUUUGUUUUCAGCUUUUUGAUACACCACCAAUGUCCAGACACAAAAUUUCUUUCUAUUAUUACCCACCCAAAAACGAAAUAAUCCACAUACGAUUGUUCAAAAUUAUAUUUAAUCUCCGAAUGUUUUUUUUUUUUUUUCCUUUUUCUUCGCUCCGAUACCUAUCAAAUUUUACUAAUCGAUUGAUCCUAGCGUAUAAUAUUUGUAGUCUUUUUAUUUUUCAAAAAAUGGCGGGCAGAAAUGUCGGCCUUUAUUCAUGGAAUGAGUCGUUCUAGUCCCUGAUUCAUCAUGCAUCUAACUCGUGUCGUGAAAGGCCUUUUUUCAAAAACAUACUUAAAGAUGAACAGAAUCAAAAUUGAAUGGCAAAAAGAUGGAAAAAACAAAUUUGAAUGAAAGAAAUCGACAACAGGUGACGCUAAAGUCGUCAUUUCUUGAAUUCUCUAAAUUUCUUUUUUCUUCUUUUUGUCGGUGUUUUUUUUAUUUUAAAAAUUUUCUGUUUGGCUUUUGAUAUUAUUUUAUUUGAUGCUGCUAUUUUCCUAUUAUUUAUACACAAGUUGAUUUUAUGUUUGAAGGAGAGAGCGCAUGUGUGUGAUGACGUGUCCGAGUGUGAUGACGAGGUGGCCAUAUUUGUAUAACGAUAUUUUGAUUUUUAUUAUUAUUAUUAUUUUUUUUUUUUUAAUUUAAAUUUGUUGCUAUAAUUUUUUCAACCUCUUAUUUUUGAUUACCCCCUCUCCUCAAAUUCUUUGCGGCUUUUGGCGACCAUUUCAUCCACCAGGAAACAAACAAUCACGACGACAAGCAGACAAAAUUGUUGACUAAUAACUCGUUACGUCUUUAUAAAUAACACGCGCUGACAGCAGCUGAUGAAUUGUGUCCUAUUUUGUUUGUCUUUUUUCUUUAUUUGAUUUUAUUAUUAUUUUUUUAAAUUCCACUAUUCACCUGGGAGCUGUUUCAGCGUUAAAAAAAAAUUGAUUCCCUGUUUGAUUUCUUAUUCUGCUUCUCUCUCGCCCUUUGAUUCUGUAGCGGCAACAGCGCUUCCUUAUUAUUAUUAUUAUUCGUUCAAGAAUUAUCUAUUCAGACUUGGAUAUCUUCUUGAUUCAUUUUUAUUUUUUUUUAUUUAUUUUUUAAAUUUAUUAUUGGGUUUCUCCAGUAUCGCUUUUACAUAAUCCAGAACAAAGUUUUCCAUUUAUCUGAUUUUUGACAAGUUUAAUCAUCGAGUUCAAACAUUGAACUAAACAAACAAAAUGCACACACGUGAAACUCGAGACAUUUUUUCUUUUUCUUUUAAGUUUGGGUUUGGAGGGUGGUCGUUUAUCAUGAAUUUCUUAUCUUCUCCUGCUGUUGUUGUCUGUUGGGUCACACACACACACACACACACACAGCUGUGAUAAGUCUGUAAUAUCACCUGGAAUGUUGGGAACUGACGGAAGCUUUUCACUGCCUUUGAAUGGACUAAACGAAAAAACCGAACGGAAUCUAAAUAAUAAGCUGAUCAAUUUCCUUAAAUUGCGAACGAUUUCAUUUGACGGAAUGGACCUUGACUCCCGAAUUUCUAGCGAAAAAUCAACCUCCCCCCCUCCCCCCCAAAUUCAUUUCCGACAUUAAAAAAAAAAAAAUUUUCGUUGCUUUUAUUUCUGCAUCGAUUGAUAAUUAUUUCCUAUCAAAAUGUUUCGUUUAAUCAUAUUUCGCCUUUGGUUGCACAAACUCAUUUGGAGUCGCAAAACAAAAAAAAAAGAUGGCAACCUGAAAUUGAAAAGAAAAAAAAAAAGGUUUUCAAACAUUCUUUGUUCAGCAACGCGUAUACAUUAAUAAUAAUUGUACAUCUCGCCUUUUUUAUUUAAACUGUCGACCUUCCCAUUUUGAUGCCUCCCUCCCUCCUUCCUAUAUGCCCCUUCUCUCAUGACGUGCUUGCCUUCUUUUGAAGCGAAUACAAACUGAAUUUCUCAGUUGGGAAAAAAAAUAAAA